UUGUAAGAUUAAAAAACAUUAGACUGAUUGCAGUGCUUUAUUGGUUUGGCACGGGUUAUUGACUUAUUUAUACAGUGUAACUCCCUUUAAUAAGGGCCAUGUGAUCCAGAAUUUAGUGGAGAACCUACUAUUGGGGAUAUUUACUAGACAAUGAUUAGCCCAGUAAUGGAACAAAACUGGUGUUAUACAAUAUAGGGGUCACUUUACUAUGAUACAAGUGAUUGAGAACCAAGGAUGCAAAAUCACACCCCUUGGUGCAGAUUCAAAGAGCACUUGCAUCAUCUGGUUCUGCACUUAUUGCUGGUUGUAAAUCCUCACCUACUACAUGUAAACGAUUCACAUGUUCUUGAUUCUUCUGUUUUAGGGUGUUUAUCACAGAGUAUCCAUGUGUUCCAGAUCCCAGAAGUAAAUGCAACAAAGGGCAGCACAGUCACUUUACAGUGUAAUUACACACUCAUUAGCACUGAGGAGACAUCGAUUGGCUGGUACAGGUGGUACAAACAUGUGUUGGGUGGGCCGGAGGUCUCUAAUGAUAACGUUCAUUUCAAGGACAGAGUCUCUAGAGUCACAAACACUGAUUUCCUUUCUAAUGGCCUGGCUAAUAUUCAGCUGCAUGAUGUACAGCUGGAGGAAAGUGGAAUGUACCUCUGCGAAGUUGAAUUUAUGCUCAAUCAGUCGACAAAAGGUUACGGGAACUGGACUUUCCUUCAUGUGCAAGAGUUUGUAACCCUGAACCCUGAGAAUCCUGUAGACAACGUUGUUGGAAUUACCUUUAGGCUUUUGAUUGUGCUGCUGAUUAGUUUCAUGUCUGGGGCGUUGUACCUGCUGUGGAUCAAACGAGGCCAUGCUCCCAGCAGAGAACUGUAA